AUGAGACCCUCCCCCGUCCUCCAGGUGCUCAAGUACAGGCACAUCCGCCUCACAACGAAGGAUGUCAACAAGGGUUUCUACAAGGGAAACCGUACCGGUGCCAUGGGUCGUCAUACCAAGUACGGAGGAUACAUUAUCGACUGGCACAAAGUGCGGACGUAUGUCGUUCCUGAGGGCUUGAAGGAGUGCAAGCUCACGCCAUUUGUUUCCGAAGCCGUGCGCCCGUACAAAGGAAAAUACGACACGAAGGAGGGCCCCCGAGACCCUCACAUGUACCUUGCGCAGUGGAAGGAACAGAACGGCCUCGAUUAA